CGCAGUUUCUGUUUUCCCGCGAGUGAUGACCAUUUUGUGUUGGAACGCUCUUUUUGGCAAUGCGCAAUCGCCAGCGCCCAUCACCCCACAAUCCCAGUGAAUAGUGAAAAGUUGUAGAAACGCCAGACAGUCCAGAUACUCCAGACAACUGAAUCACUGCUGACGAAACUAGUUAAUUAACAUCCAAAUCCAAGAGGCCAAAGCACCGCAAAUAACCCACCAGCAGGAAUGGAGAAGAUCUGGAAGAAAGUAUGCGAGCACCACGAUGUGCCUGAGCAGGUGUCCAAGGAGUGGUUCGCCCGCAUCCAGAAGCACCUCAGCGCAGAGGAUCCCGCCCGGGCCUACCACAACUGGCAGGAAAUGAUGAAGCACAAGGAGCCGUAUCUAGCUGGCGUCGCCAAUCCGAACAUCGUGCUGGCUGCCUUCUUUCAAUACUAUCACUUUGACGGUAACCGCAGCUGCGCCGAGCAGAAUUGCGAGGUCUUCGAGGAGUUCUGCCAGGACGCCGUCAUUGAGGAUGACCACACCAAGAGCUUGGUGUGCAAUCUACUGGGGCGCAAGACUCCAGAGAACCAAUUGACCUGGUGCCAUGACGACGAGGCCAACUUGCUGCAGGAUGUCGACCUGGUGGUGCUUGCCUCAUCGCCGGAGGAAUACAAACACUAUACGACUCUUCUCCGCUCGGAGUACGCAAAUCUUGAUGACGCCACCUACAAGGCCAUGCGAAUCAAGGUGUUGGAGACCCUGCUGAUGAUUCCCUCCAUCUACGCCACUGGGGAGUUUCAUGACAAAUACGAGGAGUUGGCCCGCAACAAUAUCCGCAGCGAGAUCAGCGAGCUUAAGAAGCAGUAGACUGGGGUUGGAGGGAUCAGGAUGCGACGGGGCUGCUUUUUUAAUGCUAUUGAGUUGUGUACGUACUGGCCGUUUUACCUCGUUUGACUGCAGGCGUCCGCAUACAAAGGAGCAACCUUUUCUGCCAUGCAUCGUAUAAUUUAAAUCUUAAGUGAAGUGUAAUCAAAAUCAUUUUCCUAGUUAGUGUGUACGCCUAGAUAUAUACGUAAGCCCUGUAGACUCCAGCUCACAAUAAAAUUGAUGUAUGUAAAUGUUGUCCCAAA